AUGGGGAAGUCGUCCAAGGAUAAGCGAGACGCGUACUACAGACUCGCCAAAGAGCAAAACUGGCGCGCUCGCUCCGCCUUCAAACUCAUUCAGAUUGACGAACAGUUCGAUCUCUUCUCCUACCAGGACCCGUCUAAAUGCACACGAGUCGUCGACCUUUGUGCCGCUCCCGGUUCGUGGUCACAAGUUCUCUCUAGAGUCCUCAUUAAAGGCGAAUCCUUUGGUCGGCGUGCUUGGAUCGAGAAACAAGCUGCGCACGAGAAAGCCCGACAAUCAGCCAGCUCGGAUCCCGACAUCUCCACAUUGACGCUCGCGGCCGACAAGGAGCUCAAGCCCCGGCCCAAUGUACACAUAGUGGCUAUAGAUCUCCAGCCCAUGGCACCCCUCGCCGGCAUCACGACGCUGAAGGCUGACAUUACGCACCCCACAACCGCACCCCUGCUGCUCAAAGCACUCAACCCUUCAAGCCCGGACUCGCCACAGCCGGUCGAUCUUGUCAUCUCCGACGGUGCACCAGAUGUCACCGGCCUGCAUGACCUAGACAUCUACAUCCAGGCGCAGCUGCUCUUCUCCGCCCUGUCACUAGCGAUGAAAGUGCUACGUCCUGGAGGCAAAUUCGUGGCCAAGAUCUUUCGCGGCAGGGAUGUCGAUCUCAUCUACGCGCAGCUGAAAUGCGUGUUUGAGCAUGUCACCGUCGCGAAGCCGAGGAGCAGCAGAGCAAGCAGCCUGGAGGCAUUUGUGGUGUGCGAGGGGUACACGGGGACACCGCUCGACCAAGCGCCGCAGCCCGUGUCAGUCGGGACCGAGACGAAAUCUGGACCGCAGGAACCAGUGACCCGCAUGAUAAAGGACGAUGGGACCGUGGAACUGUCAUUUCAAAAAGCAGUCAAGCCUACAGCGCCGCCACCACAGAGGUGGAUUGCGCCAUUCUUGGCGUGUGGCGACCUCAGCGCGUGGGAUUCGGAUGCGACGUACAAGCUGCCAGAGGGACACGUGAGUCUGGAUCCAGUCCAGCCACCGACAGCGCCGCCGUACAAGGAGGCGCUCGAGCGGCGAAGGGCAGAGGGCGGAGCUUACGGAAAGACGGGGAGCAAGAAAUAA